AGUGUUUGGCGGCGCGUUUGUUUAGUUGCGCGCUGACAGCGAACGCGGUUGUACGGAAUUGGCGUGCGUGUCCGGAAGCGCCGCGCUGCCGGCGUUCGUCGAUUGACGUCUUCGUCGUGAACGUCGUGAACGCCGUAACGUCGCGACGUCGUAUUUUCACGUCAAGUCACGAACGCAAUCCGCUUCCCGCACGUCAUCGGGAGAGUGCGAAUCUCCCCUCCGUCCCCGUCCGUACUCGUCCGUCGUGACUCUCGUGGCUUUCGCUGUUUACUCCCGCCUCUCUCUCUCUCUCUCUCUGCCUCUCCCUCUGUCAAUCGCGUUCUCCUCAUCUGUCUCUCGCGUUUUCCCAAUUCGUCUCGUUGCUUCGCACGUGUGUGUGAUCGUCCACGUCCCGCCUCAUCUGUGCAUCAUUUGCCGCCGUCGUCGCCGACACGCUGCACCCACGCCGCCGCAACGUCCGACAUGUCCAUGCUGAACGGGUGAUGGCAGAGCGCAGAGGAUGUCACGUCGCAAGCAGAGCAACCCCAAACCGCUAAAACGGGAGGAUGAGGAAUGGAGCGACUCGGAAAAAACCCCGUCGGUAAGCAGCGGCGUGGACGGCGGCGGAUCGGCGGUGUCGAGUCCGAUUGCGCCGCCAGUCGAGGAGGACUCGAGUUUACCACCCCCUCCGAGACUCAACCUCGCGUCUUCUUCGACUAGCUCCUCCACCAGCGAGGACAUCAGGCUGCGCCUCAGUGUGUUCUCGGAAGACACGAGAAAGCGGUUGGCCAGUCUCACCGAGGACAUUGAGGCCCCCAGGAGCAUAAGAGACCGCCAUGCGUCAUCCAAAAGCGCGCGGACGCGGGAAUCGAGUCCCAUCGACAUCGACGAGGACCAGACGAUUAAGGAGAAAGAAUGCCAGCCGAGGCCGUCGUCCUCGUCGUCGUCCUCGGGAAUGAGAAAACGGGAUUCCGUGUGUCGACGAGACUCGGAGGAUUCCGUCGCAGUGAAACGAUCGGAUCUUGAACCCGCGGUGAAAAGGAUGAGGCUCGAUGACGAGGCAGCACCAAGACUGAGACUCAAUGCUAGUCUGGCGACGGAUCCCGCUCUGCGACCCGCUGCCGUCGCCGCCCUUACCGUGAAGCCCGAGAACGCCUCGCCGCCCAAUCCUACUCCACCACUUCCAGCUGGUCUUCAGAAUGCUAUCGCAUCGGGUCGUCUGUUUGUCCUACCAACUGAUGGCAAAGAAACGAUCACGGUGGAGCCGGCGAGGACUGCUUUGAUCUGCCCGCCGUGCGGCAUCCGCUUCAGCUCGGCGAGCACCCUGGAGGCUCACCGUACUUUCUACUGCGCCCACCGCCCGCGCGCCGACGAAGACACGACGAACGAUGAAGACGAAGACGGCAAGUCGGGCGGCAAGUCCGACAGCCGAAAACUGCACGGCUGUCCGCACUGCUCGUACCGCGCUGACAAAAAGGUCUCCUUGAACCGUCACAUGAGGAUGCACGCGGCCUCGCCGGUACCGCCGACAGUGCCAACAGCAGCGGCGACAACCGCGGUGACGAAUCCAAACCCGUCUGCGAGCAAUACCGCCACCGCUGGUCAGACCACCGCUCCUAAUGGCUCUCUCAACGAGGAGGCUGAGAGAUACUGUAGGAACUGCGACAUCAGGUUCAACUCCUUAAAAACGUUCAGAGCCCACAAGACGCACUAUUGCAGCACGAGACACGUGGUAAAGGACACGCUGCCAACACCGGCGACUGCACCGACAUCCUCGGUGAAAGCGUCGCCACCGACGAGCUCGAGUCCCGGUGACUCGCCACCCCCGCAAGCCUGCCUAGCGCUGCCCACCAAUCCCAUUCUCAUCGUGCCGUGCUCGUUGUUCCGCAACGCGAGCCUCCUCGCCGCACCGACACUACCGGCACCUGACACAGCGUGCCUCCUUCUGCCAAACGGUUCGCUUCAGCCAAUGACGAGAGGUCUCGCUUCCUCGACACAGAACGCCGUGGUAGAGCCGCCGGCUGUCCUAAGGGCGGCGAAUAAGCCGUCGACGCCAGCAUCGGUGGUCGCGGCGGCAUCUACGUCGCCUUCAGCCUCGGCGCCGCUCGAUCUCAGUAUCCGCAGAUCGCCGGUGCACCAGGACGAAAAGGAGAACAGGAUGUCGCCGGCGCCAUCGUCCCUACCGCCACCCCCGGGCAGUCCCAGGUCGCGGGGCAGCGGCAGUCCGAGAACGAGGUCCAUUGGACCGGCCCAGGCGGCCGCCAGCGGCACAGUCGCACCACCCCCGCCCACGGAACUCGCGCUGAGGCUCGCCGAAUUGCCGCCGCCCCCUGUCCCCGGUGUGCUGGUCAAGCAGGGUGUUUCCAGAUGCAAGGAAUGCAACAUCGUGUUCUGCCGACAUGAGAACUUUGUCGCCCACAAGAAGCACUACUGCCAGGCGAGGGAGACGACGGUGAGCAACAGUCCGCCGCCACCCGGCACACCCUCGCCGCCCCUUGUCCAGCUGAUCUGCGCCGCGUGUGGCAUCAAAUUCGCCUCCAUGGACAAUCUGGUCGCCCAUCAGGCGUUUUACUGUCCCAAGAGGCCCGAAUCGCAGGAGCAUCAUACACGGUGUUCCAAGUGCAAAGCGAUAAUAGAACCCGGCAUAAACCAUACCUGCGCAAGCGGUGCCACAGGUGGCUGGCGAUGCCCAGUUUGUGGCGCCGUAAGUCCCACGGCCGGCGCCGCCCAGCGUCACAUGGACGCCCAUCAGGGCGUCAAAGCCUUCCGGUGCACGAUCUGCCGUUACAAGGGCAACACUCUGCGCGGCAUGAGGACCCAUAUACGAAUGCAUUUUGAGAAACGCGGCACCGAUCUGCAGGAGGAGAAUUACAUCACGUGCGUGCUGGACGACGACGCGACGCUGCCGGCGCCGGAGCCCGCGGCCGCCACGACGCCCGAGGAGAUCCCCGCGGAGGUGCAGGUAAACGGCAAAACGGAGAUAAGAAAGAGCCCGCAGCCACCGCCGCCGCCCCCGCCGCCGCCGCCGCCGUCGUCGCUAGCGGUCGCCGGAAAAGUGAAGCAGGAACGCGAAGACACGCCACCGCCGGAGGAGAGCCUGGACCCCAGCAAGAGCGGGCCCCGCUACUGCCGCUCGUGCGACAUCAGCUUCAACUACCUGAGCACGUUUAUUGCCCACAAAAAGUUCUAUUGCUCCAGUCACGCCGGUGAGGCGAGCAACAACAACAACAAUAACAACAACAACAACAACGCGAGCGGCCAUCCGACGACGCCGCCGGCCGGCCGAACCGAGGCGUCGGUGCUCUAAAGCCCCAAAAACUUCGCGGGACCGCGUGAUGGGACUUGUGAUUCCUCUUGGUCGUUCGUCCCCCUCUUCCUGAAGAGCUUCCCCAUAAGGAAAAAUUUAACAUUUCAAACUCAAUCUCAAAAGAAAAAUUCUCAAGUAUGAAAUUGCAGGGACGAAAGAGGGUCCGCUCUUCGAUCCCUCUUUUAGGGGUGAUCUCGGGGGCAGAGGUGAGGACGGACUAAGGAGAAGGACUGUUAAUUGUUGCCAGUUUAUACAUAAUAAUAUAAUGAACGACUAUCGGACUAUCUUUACUACUGCGUUGACUACUAUGUUGUGUGAUUUUUGUUGAUCCAGGGAAUCGCUCGUACUUAUAAGUCGAAGGUAAUACCCACACAUGUACAUACUACAUAGGCGUGCGUGCAUGAGAGCGGGCUCGCAGGGAGUAGCGCGAGCGGAGCCGUAACUAGAUGCAGCUAGAAAAUUUAAUAUAUAAUUUACUAUGCGCGCUGCGACGCGCGGUAAAGGGGGAUUGUAACUUAACAAAGUCGAAAAAAAAGAGCUUUAAUUUUGUUGUCCGUGACAGAUCCGUGGAUAUAUCAUUUUCUCCCGUUCUCUCAUCGUUCAAGUGUCAAAUAAUGUUUAACAACGUGUAAUAAUAAUAUAUUAACGAUAUUAAUGUUAUUAACGUUAGGAUACGCAUAUAGCAUAUUAAUAUUCUUCACUUUGUGUUGUCCAUCCAUUUUUCAUUCGAAAGAAUCCAGGAAUUAAUUAAUUAUAAUAUAAAUUAAAUUAUAUUUAAACAUGUUUAUAUGUAUUUAAAGACAGAAGGAGAGAUAACAAGUUUAGUCAUUAACCCCUUGCCGUAUAAUGACGAGUCUGAUUCGCCAUAAGGUAUCCGGCCAAAAAUGAAAAUCACGAGUCAGACUUGUGAUGGGGAUUAUGAGUCAAACGUAAACACAAGACUUGUGGCUUCAUGUUUGUAUCGGAUUCUAUACCACGAGUCAGUAGCGAUUUGGCCCGCGCGCAGUGCCGACUAAUUCAUACGGCAAGGGGUUAAUCCUCUCUCUCUCUCUCUCUCUCUCUCUCUCUUCAUUUUAUUCGCAUAAUUUAACGAACGCAUAAUUUAAAUUGUGUAAAAGGAUUGUAUCCGAUUACGGCUCUGCUUGUAAGCAAUCAUCGAUCUUGACGACUGUCGCGUUGAUUUGUCGGUGUUCUAAAGAAAAAAGAAAGGAGGACAGAAAGAAAUAUAAGGUAAGGAUACUAAAAGCAAUCGACGAAACAUCGCGUUAUCCUGUAUAUAUGAAAAUUGGCGAAAAUUCAAAUAAUCGCGGAAGAAAAACGAGGGAGAGAUAGCGAUCGCGGGCUCGACGCCCGCACGAUCGGACGGUCGUUCGGUCCAGACGAAGGUGUGCAAUCUCAUGACUUUCCAAUAAUCUCGUAGCAUAGCUAAUAACUGACAUUACGUUAAGAAGCGAGUAAAACGAUGAAUGUAAAAUGUUGUAUAAUAGGAGUAGAGUAUUACGGAGCAAUGUAGUAAACGAUCCUGAUGAAUGAUACCAAUCUCAGCUUGUGAAUCUGCUAAGUUACAUUGCGCAAUGUAUAACAUUUUAUAUAUAUAUAUAUAUAUAUAUAUAUAUAUAUAUAUAAAUGGUUACACAUGCCCGCGGAGUCGCGCCCGCGUUUGCGAGUAAUAAUGCGAAUGCGUUGCUAAACAUCCAUUGCAUCUCAAACUGUUUUAGCAUGAAAUGUGAAGCUAUUAUGAAAUUCUAUUUUUACAUAAUUAGCUUUUGCAGAGACAUUUUAACGGCUUCUGGAAAUUUAUAUGAUUAAAUUUGAUAAUUUAAGUUUUUACUGUUUUAUUAAUUUUUAAGCUUUCUAAAUUCGGCUGGAAAGUAUUUUUAUUUCUAAUAACAAUUUUGUAAAAAUAUUUUAUGUUCUUGUUAUAUUUGAAUAAUAAUCAGAAAAAGAUUAGCUUUAAAUUCGUUGAACCAGACACGCUUACAAAGCUUUGCGAAAGUACCUUUUCUUUUUUUUUCUUAGGAUUUCUUGUACAUAAAUUGUAAUUCGCACGGAGAAACAAUCGCGAUUAAUAAUUUAUCUUACAAUUAUUUUUAUUCAUCAAUUACGUUGUCAUUCGGUUCUUCACCAACGCAUUCGAUCGGUAGCCCGUCGUAUACCCAAUCAAAAGCAUUGUACGUGCUCGCGGUGCGGAAGCGAGCGAGCGUCAUUGCGGGGGCGCGUGUGAAUGUAAAAAAUAAAUUAGAAUUAAGGCCAGUGUUACGUGUAUACGCAGUGUACUACUCAUAUCAAUAUGACGACGAGCUCGUUAAUUAAAAAAAAGGACGCCGGUCGUUUCAACGGCGCGAGAUCACUAGAGAUCGCGAGGAACGUUUUGCGAAGACACAAAUAAUCUCGUUACAUCGUCCGGAUUCAUCCUCUUCCCCUUUUCUUCCUCCCUCGCCAAUUUCCAGGUGAUCUUCCUUCAUCUUCGGGCCGCGAAGCGUUUUCCGUUCGUUCAUUAACGUCGCUGCGGAUCCUGAUGUGUCUUCACCGCCAACCGAUCACGUGAUCUGCAAGGUAGGGUGGAUCGCGCGAGAAAUUGCGGAUCUACUGUCGCGCGCACACGUACAUCCGAUACUUCUAAUAUUGCAGAUGCCUAGGAUCCAUUACAUGCCAUAUCUUCCUGCACGACGAAGCGACAGGACGGACCUCUCUCCUCCGGCACCACUCACACAUCCCGUAAUAUCCUUCCGAAGGUGAAGGGAAGAGAGAGGAGGAGAAGGAUCGGUCUUUCUCUCGAGAGCGAACGAGCGCAGAUCCCGUCUCCGCGUACUAGUCCGAAAUCGCGCAUGUCCCUUUCCUCCCCGAAAACUAUCGGGAAUCUAUAUGCUAAAAGAGUUUAUUACAAAUUUAUAUUAAUGGAAAUUUAAAUAUAAGAUUUAAAUUUCAGGUUUUCAAUUUCUACCAAAUUCAAUUUCUAAGAAAAAACUUGGACAAAUUUCCAAGAUUUCUCUAAGAUAAUUUCUCGCUAUCAAAUUCCGCUAACUUUUCCAUAACUUUUCCAUAUCGUGGGAAUUCAAUGAAUACAUCCGCAACUUGGGGGCACACACACAUAUAUACACACGAAGAAGUAUAUGCCAUGAUCUUCGCGAAGAGCGAAGUUCGUUGACAAUUGUGCGAUCGAUCCUACUCUUUCUUCUCUCCUUCCUUCCUCUCCUCUUCUAUAGACUUACUUCUUUUGCCGUUUUUAUUUUGAUAGACGGAUUUUACACACGAGACAUAUAUCUAUAUAGAGAAAAGUCUGUAAUAAUUAUAUAAGCGUACAAAAAUAAAAUCUUUACGCCA